AUAUUUAACAUACACUCAAAAGUGUAAGCCUAUCGCACAGUUAGUCACAAAUUAAUUAAUAAUUAAGUGUUUGACUGACUAUCUGUCCGUCCAUUGCUAUAGUCAUAGAAAACUACUAUUAUUUUGAACACACAUCCCAUUCCUCUCACCCUUUCCUCACACACACCCAUUGAAAAUGUCUAUUAAUAAUACCGAUAGUAAUCAUUCAAAACCGCCAUCAUCGGUGUUGGCCAUUACCGAAUCGGAUGUCCAGCUAAUAAUGGCCAGUGGUGUACAUUUGGGUACACAAAAUCUUCAUCAUCAAAUGCAACAGUAUGUCUACAAACGUAUCGCGGAUACGGGUGUCCAUAUUAUACAUGUACGCCGAAUAUGGACGAAACUACAGUUGGCCGCCCGGGCUAUUGUGGCCGUCGAUAAUCCCGGUGAUGUAUGCGCCAUAUCCAGUCGAUUGUAUGGCCAACGAGCCGUACUGAAGUUUGCCCAACAUACCGGUGCCUGGCCAAUGGCCGGCCGUUUUACACCCGGAACGUUCACCAAUCAGAUACAGAAAAACUAUCGCGAACCGCUGUUGCUCGUAGUGGCCGACCCUCGAGCCGAUCAUCAGGCUAUUACCGAAUCGGCCUAUUGUAAUAUACCGGUCAUAGCUAUGUGCGAUACGGAUAGUCCGAUGCGUUACAUCGAUAUAGCCAUACCGUGUAAUAAUCGGUCGGUUCAGUCGGUUGGCGUAAUCUGGUGGCUACUGGCCCGUGAAGUCCUGCGUAUGCGCGGAUCGAUUGGCCGAUCGAUGCCCUGGAACGUAAUGGUCGACUUGUUUUUGUAUCGGGAAGCGGAAGAGCCGUCGGCAGUGGCCGACGGCGGUCCCGAUAAAGACCCGCUAGAGUUGCAUCAAUUGCUCGGUAACGACGGCGCUGAUGGCCGUAUGGAUGGACAACAUGAGAGGUCAACUGUUGGUGGUUUUGGCGGCACUGCUGACGGCGACCUAUGGUUUGAUAUUGACGGCACCCGCGGCCUUAAAGAUAUGGUUAUACACAACAGCGGCGGCAUUUCAUAUGGUAAUCAGCCGGCAGUGGCCAGCGGACAACUACCGAUUAAUACUACUAAUGGUGGCCAUCAUAAGCAGCAGCUGACAACCAAUAGAGAGCCAAUCAUAUCGGAGGACAACAACGAUUGGGGCGGCAAUACUGACCCGUCCGAUUGGACAUAAAUAUUAUUAGUCCCAUACUCACCCCACCCCUCCCCUACUCUACCCCCACACCCACUACAUAACACCCCUAAACUCUGGAUUAUUAAAUGMGAAAAUUAAAUACUGAUUACAAGUUUUUUUUUUUUGAAUAUAUGUUUUGUUUUGUUAAU